AUGAGCGAGACACUCAAAUUCCUGUACCGCCAGUUCUUCCUCACUCCCCCCAAAGCCAACGUGGAGAAAAGCAAUCUACGCGGCCAAACCGGCAUCGUCACCGGCGCCAACAUCGGUCUCGGUUUCGAAGCUUCCCGCCAACUCCUCGAACUUGGCCUGAGCCACCUGAUCCUCGCAGUCCGGAGCAAGGAAAAAGGUAACAAUGCCCGCAUCGAACUCGCCCGCGAGGCUCCUGGGGCCAAGAUCGAAGUCUGGGACCUCAACAUGAGCAACUAUGAGAGUAUCAGCCAAUUCACACAGAGGUGCGCUACGCUUCCGAGACUUGAUUUUGCCAUUUUGAACGCCGGAAUCUUCAAACCGGAGCUGGAAAUCAACAAGGUGACCGGCCACGAAGAAGUCGUGCAAGUCAACUAUCUCUCGACCGCUCUCCUCGCCAUCCAACUCCUCCCCGUCAUGGACAAGAAAAAUAGCACCCGCUCCAGGCCUGGCACCAUCACCAUCGUCGGUUCCGAAACCGCCGAAUGGGCCAUGUUCAAAGAGCAGAAGCAAGACCCCAUCUUCCCUGCCUUCAACAAUCCCAAGAACUUCGACAUGCAAGAUCGAUACUACACCUCCAAGUUGUUGCAAGAGAUCCUCCUGAUCGAAAUGUGCCGUACCCUUCCGAGUUCCCGGGGAAUUGUCAACGUCGUCAACCCGGGCUUUUGCUACGGUUCGGGACUGCACGCAGAGGUUACGACGCGAUACCGAGCUCUCGGUAUCGUCUUUACGGCCAUCAAGCGUAUGAUCGGCCGAUCGACGUCCGUUGGGGCGCGGACGCUCGUGGAUGCGGCAGUUGCGCAGGGACCGGCGUCUCAUGGGCAGUAUCUCAGCGAUUGUGCUCGUUACCACUUUCCCCCACAGCUCUCGGGACAGAAAGGGGACGCCUUGUCCAAGAGGGUGUGGAAUGAGACUUUGAAGGAACUCUCAUUUGCCAAUGUCGAGGGUAUCCUAGGUAGCAUGAAGGAGAAGGAGAUGACGGGGAAGAGCAAGGGAGACUACCUGAGAUGA